UUAACAUCUUCAGCAGCUGACACGUCAAUAAAGCUCUCUAUUUUAGUAAAUCACACAGCGUGCUUGUUCAGGACAGUCACACUCACUCAGUCAAGUCUCGUAGCAUUUGGGUCCAAAACCCUAAUUUUGUCUCUUCGGUUACAUUUUUUGGGGGAAAAUACUUCACUUUAAGAAUGGUUCACUUUCACUUUGAUGAUAUUAUUAAGGUUGAUCGCUUGGAUGCCGAUGGUAAAAAGUACGACAAAGUUUCUCGCAUCGAAGCUCGAAGUGAGCAAUUGAAAAUGCAGCUGCAUCUAGAUGUGCACUCAGAACUUUGUCCUGUUCGUGUCGGGGAUAAGUUUAGGAUCGUGUUGGCUGAUACUCUGAAUGAAGAUGGUUCAGCUGUUACAAGCCUUUUACCUAAGGGCAAACAGAAUUCACUUGCGGAUAAAUUUGAGUAUGUCAUGCACGGACUGCUGUAUAAGAUAUCAGAUGAGGGAUCUGACGCUAAUGCUGAAAAAGUGGCACGUUUAUCAUUUGGAGGACUUCAAUUGGUGCUGAAGGGCGACGCUGCCAAGAUGGAAAGUUUCAAGGUUCAUGAGAAAUAUUUUCUCUGUAUGAGGAAGGUUUGAAAGUAUGAAACGGGCGGAGCUGCAGGUCUUUAUCAGCGUGUACUUUGGCCCUCCUUGACUGAAGUUAAAUACUGCUGUAAAUGUAAGAACUUGGAUACUUUCAAUGUGGAAAUAUAUUAGGUCUUGGUUUCAUCAGGCGUAGCAUUAUUAUCUCACACUGAGCGUAACUAUGCUUUGUUAUUUCAUGUAAAAAUUAACUGAAAGCAGUUUUUCCCUUCGGACAGGGAUAUUUUCUAUA